AGAUGUCAUAUGUGACAGGACACUCCUGAAUCAAGAAACCCCAAGCUGAUGUCCCAUGUGACAAGACACCCCCAAGAUCAGGAAACCCCUUACAAAUCUUGUGACAGGGUUCCUCCAGAUCUGGAGCUCUCACCCAGAAAAUAUCCCACGUGACAGAGCACCCCAGAUAAGGAAUCUACAGGCAGAUAUUACAUGUGAACGUUUCUCCCAUGUGAAAGGACAACCCUGAUCUGCAGCUCUUAUCCAGAAGGUCCCGUGUGACAGGUCACCCCUAUCUGGAGCCUUCACCAGGCAGAUGGGCUUCCUACAAUCUGGAGCUUGCACCUAGCAGAUGUUCUAUGUGACAGGGUACCCCCCACCAAAUGAGGAAACCCCAAGCAGAUCUUCCACGUGAUAGGGCACCUCUGAUCUGGUACCCCCACCCUUCCAAUGUCCUAUGUGACUGGGACCCCCAGAUCAGCUGCUGACGCUCCUGUUUCCUCUCUCGUUCUUGAGAUUCUCACAGCUCCAAAUAAGUGGAGCCUGGAGUAGGGAGAUCUGUGAGGAAACUAGAGAGGAGGCAGCAACUGAUCUCACGACCUAAAAAUAAUCCCAGCUCCAGCCUCAUCCAUCUGAUAGAAGCCCCCAGAGCGGGACCUGCCCUGACUAAUACCAGAGACCUGGAGCCUCAGACCCCCACAAGGAAGAAAUGAGCCUCUCGUUCUGUGGUAACAACACAAAUGCCUCCUACAAUGUGAACAACGGGGUGCUGAACAAUAUCUGCUUCCUGGACGCCCUGAACCUCGUCCCUCAUGUCUUCCUGCUGUUCAUAACUUUUCCCAUUCUGUUCAUAGGAUGGGGAAGUCAAAGCUCAAAGGUCCAAAUUCACCACAACACUUGGCUGCAUUUCCCGGGACACAGCCUGCGAUGGAUCCUGACCUUUGUGCUGCUGUUUGUCCAUGUGUGCGAAAUCGCAGAGGGCAUCGUGUCCGAUACGAAGAUGACGUCGCGGCACCUCCACCUGUUCAUGCCGGCCAUUGUGGGAUUUAUUGCUGCAACCACGUCCAUUAUCUAUUACCACAACAUUGAGACGUCAAACUUCCCAAAACUGUUACUAGCGCUCUUCCUCUACUGGGUCUUGGCCUUUAUCUCAAAAACGAUCAAGCUUGUGAAGUAUUGUGAAAAUGGCAUUGGGGUCCACCAGCUACGGUUCUGCAUCACUGGGGUCAUGGUGAUCCUGUACGGCCUCCUCAUGGCAGUGGAGAUCAAUGUCAUCCGGGUCCGGAAAUAUGUGUUCUUCAUGAACCCUCAAAAAGUAAAACCCCCAGAGGAUCUCCAGGACCUGGGAGUGCGCUUCCUGCAGCCAUUUGUCAACUUACUUUCCAAAGCAACAUACUGGUGGAUGAACCCGGUAAUCAUCGCUGCACACAAGAGGCCGAUCGACCUGAAAACCAUCGGUAAAUUACCAAUAGCGAUGAGAGCGCUCACCAACUACGUCAGCCUGAAAGACGCUUAUGACGACCAGAAGAAAAAGGUGAUUGAUCAGCCUCACAAGACUCCAUCCAUCUGGGUCGCCAUCUAUAAAGCAUUUGGGCGUCCAAUCUUGUUGAGCAGCACCUUCCGGUAUUUGGCUGACCUUUUGGGGUUUGCUGGUCCUCUGUGUAUAUCGGGGAUCGUCGAGCAUCUCCGAGACACCAAUAAAACCAAAAUAGAUCAGGACCUGCCCAGCAGCCCGUUCAUCAGUGUCUGCUUCCUUUCUUCAAAGGAGUUUCUGGAGAAUUACUUUGUAUUGGCUGUCCUUUUAUUUUUGGCUUUAAUUCUCCAGAGGACGUUCUUGCAAGCGUCAUACUACGUCACCAUAGAGACCGGGGUCAACUUUCGGGGGGGUUUACUGGCCAUGAUCUACAACAAAAUCCUCAAGUUGUCCACCUCCAACAUGUCCAUGGGAGAGAUGACCCUGGGGCAGAUCAAUAACUUGGUGGCCAUUGAGACCAAUCAACUGAUGUGGUUCCUCUUCCUGUGCCCAAAUCUGUGGGCAAUGCCUGUUCAGAUUAUCAUGGGGGUCAUCCUCUUAUAUAAGCUGCUGGGUGUCAGCGCUCUGGUGGGUGCCGCGGUCAUCCUCCUUCUCGCUCCGGUACAAUACUUCAUUGCUACGAAGCUGGCGGAGGUUCAGAAGAACACACUGGAUUAUUCCACCGAGAGGUUAAAGAAGACAAAUGAGAUUCUGAAAGGCAUUAAGCUGCUGAAGCUGUACGCCUGGGAGAACAUCUUCUGCUCCAGCGUGGAAGAGACCAGGAUGAAGGAGUUAACCAGUCUGAAGACAUUUGCGCUUCACACCUCCCUCUCCAUAUUCAUGAACGCAGCCAUCCCCAUAGCGGCCGUGCUGGCGACAUUUGUGACCCACGAAUAUGUGGAGAGCACGACCCUGACUCCGGCCAACGCCUUUGCAUCCCUGUCGUUAUUCCACAUCCUAGUCACUCCACUCUUUCUGCUGUCCACGGUGGUCAGAUUUGCCGUGAAGGCGCUUGUCAGCGUUCAGAAACUAAACGAGUUCUUCACAAGUGACGAGAUCAGGGACGACAGUGCAAGGAAUGGAGACUCCCCUGCCCUACUGGAUGCCUGCAGGAAACAUCCUGGAAUUCAUUCAAGAGCCAUCAACAGGAAGCAGCCCCUGAGGUACCAGCUGGACAGGUACGAACAGUCCCCGCGGAGACAGAUACGCUCCCCAGGCAGCGAAGAAGCCGCAAUCAAGGUGUACAACGGCUACUUCUCCUGGGGGACAGGCUUAGCAACAUUAUCCAAUAUUAAUAUCCAAAUACCAACAGGUCAGCUGACCAUGGUGGUGGGACAGGUUGGGUGUGGAAAAUCCUCGCUGCUGCUCGCCAUUCUUGGAGAAAUGCAGUCGCUGGAAGGAAGAGUUUGUUGGAACAAACUCCCCCCUGAAAGUGACUGGGGUACAGAUGAACUCUUCAGCGUAGGAGAAAGUGACCCCUCUCCUGACGAUGAUGACAGUAAGAACAGGUAUUCAGUGGCAUACGCUGGACAGAAGCCUUGGCUGCUCAAUGCCACCGUGGAGGAGAAUAUCACCUUUGGGAGCCCAUUUAUCAAACAAAGAUAUAAAGCUGUAACUGAGGCAUGCUGUCUACAGCCGGACAUUGACCUCCUGCCAUUUGGAGAUCAAACAGAAAUAGGAGAAAGGGGGAUCAAUUUAAGUGGUGGACAGCGGCAGAGAAUAUGUGUGGCGCGGGCGCUGUAUCAGAACACCAGCAUUGUAUUCCUAGAUGAUCCAUUCUCGGCUCUGGAUAUACACCUCAGUGACCACUUGAUGCAGGAGGGGAUCCUGAAGUUUCUGCAGGAGGAUAAGAGGACGGUAGUUCUGGUGACGCACAAGCUGCAGUACUUGACCAACGCUGACUGGAUCAUUGCCAUGAAGGACGGCUUCGUUCUCAGAGAGGGGACAUUGAAGGAUAUUCAGAAUAAUGACAAUGAAUUGUACGAGCACUGGAAAACCCUGAUGAACCGUCACGACCAAGAACUGGAGAAGGUCAUCCACAUGCAGGACACAGAAGCGGACCAGGCCACGCUAGAAAGGAAGACCCUGAGGCGAGCCAUGUACUCCAGGGAAGCCAAAGCGCAUCAGAUUGAGGAGGAGGGUGACGAGGAAGAAGAAGAGGAGGAUGAAGAAGACGAGAUGUCUACUGCCUUGAGGCUCAGGACAAAGAUGCCGUGGAAGACCUGUUGGAGGUACCUGACCUCUGGUGGAUACUUUCUGCUCUUUUUGAUGGUUUUCUCUAAGCUUUUGAAGCACUCGGUAAUCGUGGCCAUCGACUACUGGCUGGUCCGCUGGACAGCGCCAUCGCAAAAUGUCAGCAGAGACUCGUAUAACAUGACGGCAGGGAAGAAUGCAGAUGAUCGGACAUAUUAUGUGAUGGGGUUCUGCAUCCUCAGCGCCUCUGGAAUCGCCCUCUGUCUCAUCACCUCACUGACCGUGGAGUGGUUGGGCCACACAGCUGCCAAAAAUCUACACGAUAAUCUGCUGAAGAAAAUCAUCCUGGCACCAAUCAGGUUCUUUGACACAACACCACUCGGUUUAAUCUUAAACCGUUUUUCAGCUGAUACAAAUAUCAUUGACCAGCACAUUCCCCCCACAUUGGAGUCUCUCACCCGCUCGACCCUCCUCUGUCUCUCAGCAAUUGGAGUCAUCAGCUACGCCAACCCAAUGUUCCUGAUUGCACUUCUCCCACUCGGCGUUGCCUUCUACUUCAUCCAGAAAUACUUCAGAGUUGCCUCAAAAGAUCUCCAGGAAUUGGAUGAUAACACUCAGUUGCCGCUGCUCUGCCACUUCUCAGAGACAGCCGAAGGUCUCACAACAAUCCGGGCCUUCAGACAUGAAUCCAGAUUCAAGCAGAGAAUGCUAGAGCUGACGGACACCAAUAACUUAGCCUAUCUGUUCUUAUCUGCUGCUAACCGGUGGUUGGAAGUCAGAACGGAUUACCUGGGAGCUUGCAUUGUGCUCAUGGCCGCGGUCACCUCCAUCACCUCUGGUCUCACCUUUGGUCUCACCUCUGGAAUCAACUCUGGAAUCGUUGGAUUGGGGCUCACUUAUGCCCUGACGGUAAGUAACUACCUUAACUGGGUUGUGAGAAAUCUGGCAGAUUUGGAGGUUCAGGUUGGAGCCGUGAAGAAGGUGAACAGUUUCCUAAACAUUGAGUCGGAGCCUUACGAAGGGACGAUGGAUCUGCAGCAAGUGCCGGAUGAUUGGCCAAAGAAUGGUGAAAUUAAGAUCAGCGACUUGUGUGUGCGAUACGAGUCUAACCUCAAGCCAGUCCUGAAACACGUGAAGGCGUAUAUUAAGCCGGGUCAGAAGGUCGGGAUCUGCGGUCGUACGGGCAGCGGUAAAUCAUCCUUAUCACUGGCGUUCUUCAGAAUGGUUGAUAUAUUUGACGGAAAAAUAAUCAUUGAUGGAAUCGACAUAUCUAAGAUCCCACUGCAUACGCUGCGAUCCAGGCUGUCAAUCAUCCUCCAAGACCCUGUACUGUUCAGUGGCUCAAUACGACUAAACUUGGAUCCAGAAUGUAAGUGUACAGAUGACAGGCUCUGGGAAGCUCUGGAUAUCGCACAGCUCAAGAAUCUGGUGAAGUCUCUGCCGGGAGGUCUAGAUGCCAUGGUCACGGAGGGCGGUGAGAAUUUCAGCGUCGGACAGAGGCAGCUUUUCUGUUUGGCCCGUGCGUUUGUCCGGAAGAGCAGCAUCCUUAUAAUGGAUGAAGCCACUGCUUCCAUCGACAUGGCAACUGAAAAUAUUCUGCAGAAGGUCGUAAUGACGGCAUUCGCUGAUCGAACAGUAGUCACUAUUGCACACCGAGUGUCCUCCAUUUUGGAAGCAGACCUAGUGUUAGUCUUUUCCGAGGGUAUUCUGCUAGAGAGUGACAGUGCAAGAACUCUCCUCUCCAACCCAGAUGGUCUUUUUACCUUUCUGGUCAAGAGUCACAAAUAGAAUCAAUCAGGUCAUCUUCACUGCUGUCUGCCUGCAUCGGGUUCAUACCAUCCUCACCGCAGACCUGGUGAUCGUGAUGCGCCGAGGGAACAUUCUGGAAUACGACACACCGGAGAGUCUCCUGGCACAGGAGGACGGGAUCUUUGCUUCCUUUGUCCGUGCCGACAUGUGA